AAAAAAGACAGUGACAUAAAAUUGAGUUGAGGGUGUGAGUGGGAGGGAGGGAAGGGCAUAAAAGAAAUGUAAUGCGGAGGAAAGGAGAAGGAGGAGUUAUGAGAACACACCAUAUAUAAAGUCAGUGGUAAGCAUGAUGGACACACAGCCCUCAGCCUCCAUCAUGCUGCUCCUGGUAAGUGUUCUCUCCUCUCAGCAUUGCCAAGAGUGAUCUAGCUUUCCCUAGAUGUCACCUGCCCAGAUAUCCACGUCAACUAAUCAAUAGUCUGCAGUAUCAGCGUGUAAGUAGCAAUAAGCCUUAUCUCUCAUUAUUUCCUAUGUAACAAUCCUCCUCCUGCAGGUUAUUCUCCAAGCGCUCCUAACAGCAACCACCGCGACGCUGCCCCAAAGCUUCCUUCCGCCCCCCCAGCCUGGCAGGCUACCUACUGCUGGAUCGCAGCCACUCUUCGGGCUCGGGAAGACAAACGGCCCUGGACAGCCACAGGUCCACGCGCAGCAAGGUGUCCUGACUCAGCUUCACGAAGCCCCUGCGGGAUCACAUGCCAGCGUGCAGCCUCAGGGGGACGCUUGGCCAUAUGACCUACGACAGGUGAUCAGAGGCCGCGCUACAACGCAAGGCCUGGAGCCGAGCCAGAACUCCGAGAGAACAAAGAUAUUACGAGAACAGGAAGGACCUGAGGGCCACUUAGUACCCCGUGGAUACCCGCAGCAAAAUCAUCAUAAACAGAUAAAUGGGAUACGGAUGGGGCUACUGCAGAUGGCACAGCUGCACACACCCACGAGACAAAAUGACGAAACUUACAGUCUCGGGCGACCAGCGAUGCUGUACGACCCAGUUAUGUUCCCUGGAUCCACGAGACAAGACGCCUCUACUUACGUUUCUGGAACACUCACAGAGCAGCAAGGGUUGAGACAAACCCAAGAAGGAAAGCAGGAAAAUGUACCGAUUCGCUCUUUUGGAAAACGGGCACAUCAGAGAACAACACCUGCAGCAGGGCGGGAUGUCCACAUUCACACUUUCUCAAGCCUCAGGGAGCCCAGUGACCUGACUCAGUACUACCAAGGACCAAGAGUGACAUACUUCCCGGAGCAACCCGACAAUCACGACCGACAGAACAUCAUCGCAGGACCUGCCACGGUCCCGCAAGUGCCAUCACACGCCCAGGACCCCGCGUAUCCUGUGCUGGGCGGCAGGUGCCCGCAGGGACAGGUGGUGCACGCUGACGGCUCCUGCGUGGUGCCUGAGGUGACCCGCGACCUGUACGUGUUCAGCAUCCCCGACACGCCCCGCCGCCCCUCCAAGCCGCUGCCCACCCUGCCGCCACCAAGGGUGCAGGAGCACGUGCUGUUCAUCCGCGCGCCCGAGGGCGGGCACGCCGCGCAGCCCCUGCUAGUGCCGCCGCCCGCGCAGAAGAGCGUCGUCUACAUCCUCAGGGAAGAGUCGCCCGACGAGGAGCCGCGCGUCAUCCAGGUGCCCGCGCCGCCGCCCGCACGCCCCGAAGUCUUCUUCGUCAACUACGAGGAUGGCGAGAACCCCAGCCUGCACGGCGGCCUCGACCUGCAGCAGGUCCUGCAGACCGUCACCUCGGCCCCGCCAGGCCUGCAGGACCCCGCUGCCCCUGACCACGUGCAGGAGGCACCGGAACAGCAGACUCAUUCCCAGCAGGAAGGUCAUACAGGUGGUGGCCUUGUCCUGGAAGACCACAGCGACGAAGACCUCGCUCAGGGAGGAUACAGCGCCCAUGGUGCUCCUUUGGGAGACCACAGUGUAGAUGACUCAGUGUCGCUGAGUUACAUUGACGAAGGUUUUAGUCAGGAAAUGCCUACUCAGAUCUCAACACUCCCUGAAGGCACCCACGCCAGGUACUCCGUCACAGCUGCCGCUACCUGAACUGAUAAUGUGUAUCUGUUCCUGACACGUGCGGUAAUCAUACCUCUCAGGCAAAUGGAAAAAUCUUAAAAGUACACUAGAAAAUGUAAACCACGUAUAACUAAUGUAAAUCUAGCAAGUGUAGACAGGUAGAUAGGACAUUCCAGGUAUUAUUUCAAUUGCACCUUCAGAUGUUAUAGCUUUGAGUAUAGUUUCAUUAUCACACCUCGACAAUAAAGAUAUAAACGCAAAAAAGAAAAAAAUUAGUAUCGAAAUUGACACAACUUUCACGUAACUCUUGGAUAAGAUAAUUAUGCUGUUAGACAGGCGAGUACCUGACACA